CCUGCCGAGACGAGCUGCUCUUCCUCAGCCCUCCCCUGACUCGAGCGGCGCUGGAGUAGGAGGCUCGGACCGCGAAGAGCCCCGCGGCCCCGACUGCCCGGUACGAGGCGCCAGAUCUACCAGUCAUGAAACGAAUCCUUCUGUUUUUUAUCCUGGCUGCUGCUGUUAUGUAUGGCAUACUUCAUGGAAAUUUGUGGAGGAAUAACCUCUAUUGGAUUAGUUUUUACGGACAGACUUCUUCUGUGAGGAGUCCUUCUUCCUAUGAGGCUACUGGAAUUACUCAACUGCCACCCACUGCUGUGGAAAGAAAGAAUGAACUAGACACUUGUCUCCUGAAACCAGCUUUUGAAUCUUUGCUGGGGGUCGACAAAAUAUACCCAUUCCUGUGUGCUAAUGAUUUUAUCAAAGUGGCAGAGUUCCAUGGAAGUGAAAAGUUUGAACUACCUUAUGGAAUAAAGAGAGCAGAGCAAUUCUUCCGUUUAGCCCUUUCAAGACUGCAAAAUUGUGGCCUGAGCAAUGAGGACGACAGUGUUGCCUGUCGAAGGUGUGUUGUGGUUGGUAAUGGAGGAGUACUUCGAAAUAAGACAUUAGGAGAGAAAAUUGACUCAUACGAUGUGAUAAUAAGAAUGAAUAACGGUCCUGUUAUAGGGUACGAAGAGGAUGUCGGGAGGAGGACCACGUUCCGCCUUUCUUAUCCGGAAUCCAUCUUCUCGGAUCCAGUCCACUAUGAUCCUAAUACGACUGUUGUUCUCAUUGUCUUCAAAACACGAGAUUUAAAGUGGCUUUGGGAGAUAUUAAGUGGUCAGAAAAUAAGUGCUAAAGGCUUUUGGAAGAAACCAGCUUUGAACAUGAUAUACAAAUCCAGUCAAAUCAGGAUACUUGAUCCCAGCAUCACUAGAAAAGCUGCAUAUGAGUGGCUUCACUUCCCAACAAGGUUUCCCAAAAAGGAGAAACCCAAGCACCCGACGACGGGCCUGAUCGCCAUCACGCUUGCCUUUCACAUAUGCCACGAAGUUCACCUGGCAGGCUUCAAGUACGACUUUGCUGACAGAAACAGCUCUUUGCACUACUACGGCAAUGACACGAUGUCUCAGAUGAUGCAGAAUGAAUACCAUAACAUUGAUGCUGAACAGAAAUUUUUGAAGAACCUUAUAGACAAGAACUUUGUGGUCAAUUUGACGUGAAAGCUGAACGGAAAAUAUGAAGAACAAUCACUACUUUCAAGAUUUCAACAAAUUUUAUUUUUUGUAUGAUAUUUUUAUUUUUUAAGUGCAGUGUAACUGUUUACUGUUUAAAAGGAGCACAGAAACCUCUCCAGGCARAAGCUCCUUCUUAGGCUGAGGAUAACGGGCUGUUGCAAACAGAGUUACCUGAAUUUCUGUGAAACUAUUUAAUAAUGAAAAACACAUGAAACUUUCAGUUAAAAGUAUCAGGGAUGUAUAAAAAAUGUGAUKUGCAUCAUUUAUUUAUCAGUAAGAACUUUUUCCAAAUGGUUACUCCUUUGGAAUAUCUUCCUUUCUGAUGUCGUCCUCUAAAAGAGUUACACUGUCCAAAGACUGAGAAGACUGAUGUUUAAAUAGUAGACGGAUGUAAAGUCUUGAAUCUCUUUCUUGUAGCAUGGAAGUGGCUUUAAAAGCAAUGUCCAUAAACUAUUACUGUAUAUUGAAGAGCAGGGGGAUGUGCAGAGUKUACGGAUUUUAGUCUGCCCAGCUCCUGAGGAGAGGGCAUCCAUCUCCAGCAAAGCAGCUACAGCCUGACCUGGUCAGCUGCUCCGAACUACUGUUCACAUCAGCCAGAGCUGAAGACCCCCCAAUCUGACGUGUGGCAAUGUUGAUAUUGCUAUGCUCAUGUUGAACCUGCCUAUGGAAAAAUAUACUCCUCCUUUACUGUGUCCAGUAAAAUCUACAAUUAUUGCGUUGAUUUUGAAGAGAGUAAGUGUGAAGACUGAAGAUUUAUCUUAAUAGCAUCUGUGGAGCUGUGACUUUCCUCAGCCCACAACAGGAAUGUGAGCUGGAGCUGAGAAGUUCACACUUGAGUUUAAAUUAAGAGAUCAAGUUUGUUGGAUUCCUACAUCUCCACAACAGGAUUCUGUGCAUCUUCUCUCUCCCCAAGAAUCAAGAUAGAUUUUUUUAUACCAGCGUGGUCUCACUUUUAGAUAAUGCAAUACAUUUCUAGCUUUGAAACACAUCAAUAUGAACAAUGAAUGUCCCCAUUGUUUUUUUAGUGGUAUAUGCCAGGCAAUAUCUAUGAUGUACAACAGCAGAAUUACCGUUUGACUCCUGUUUACCUCUCCUCUGUCUUGAUAUUUGUGUUUAAAGGUUGUGACUGAACUAAACCACUUAGCAGUGGGAAUGUAUCUGGGGUUUAAGUUGAACUACUUAAUGGAGCAGUUAUGUUUCCUGAAUAGAUUUGUCUUAGGCAAACUGAUGACUCAAUAUCUGAAUUUAAAUCAGCCUGGCAAUGUCCUCGAUGGCUAUCACAGAUGCAAUGAACAAGUAAUAUGCUACUUUAAUCUUAUAGUGUAGAGAUUUUUUUUUC